AUGGGCAGCACGGUGCAGCAGGCCGGCGAGGCCCCAAACCCCUUCGCCCACACGCGUGUGGGCGUCGCCGCCAUCAUCCGGCGCGAGGACGGCAAAAUCAUCGUGGGCCGACGUAAGAGCAGCCACGGCGCAGGGACAAUCCAGCUCCCCGGCGGCCACCUCGAGUUCGGCGAGUCCUUCUUCACCUGCGCGGAGCGCGAGACGCUCGAGGAAACGGGGCUGCGGGUACGCGGCACCAAGGUCGCGGGCUUGACCAACGACUUCUUCGGGGACCUCGGGAAGCACUACAUCACCAUCUUUGUGAGAUGCGAAUUGGAGGAUGACAAAGCGGAGCCCAUGAACAUGGAGCCCGAAAAGUGCGCGGGGUGGUCGUGGGUGACGUGGGGCGAGAUUCGGGCCAUCAACGAGGCGGCCAAGGAGGGAGGCCAAGGGCCAAAGCUGUUCCUGCCGUUGCAGAACCUGGUAGAGGAGAACCCGGACUUUGAGGCGUCUGCUUAG